CAGUUCCCGGCGCCGGCGCUACAUUCUCCCCUCCAGGACCCGUCGCGCAGGCCCCGAGGGUGCGGCAGCGUCCGGAGGCUCGGCGCGGGCAGAAGGGGGAGAGGCGGGGCGGGGAGGGCCACGGGGGCCGGGCGGCCGACUCCGGGAGUCCGGCCCGGCCCACCCGGGCCUCUCCCCUCCGCCCGGGACUGCGGCCGACGGGACGCCCGCGGGCCGGGGCUGCAUGGGGCUCCCGCGCGGCCCGCUCUUCUGGCUGCUGCUCCUGUUCGCGGUUGUCUGCUCGGGGAUCCUCGUCGCCCUGUACUCCUCGGCGGUGGAGUCGUACCCAGGGCCCCUGACCGGAGCCAGGAACAUCACAUCGUCUCGAGCUUUCUUUGGACCCAAGGCAUCGAAUUCUAGGACGAGAAAGAACCUGCCCUGUCGACACCCACUUUAUCUCGCCAUUCGACGGCACCCUCACUUCCGGGAUCUGUUUGAUCUCUCCAUUCCAGUGCUGCUGUCAGGGAACCUCUUCACCCAGGAGCUCUGGGACAGCCUGAGCCGGCACAAAGCCCCCUAUGGCUGGCAGGGGCUCUCCGGCCAAGCCAUCGCCUCCACCCUGAGCCUCCUGAAUGGCUCUGAGAGCACCAGGCUGUUUGCCGUCUCCAGGGAGCUGCUUCCAGGCUGCAUCCGGUGUGCCGUGGUGGGCAACGGAGGCAUUCUGAAUGGUUCCCGCCAGGGUCAGAACAUCGAUGCCCAUGACUACGUGUUCAGACUCAAUGGUGCUGUGAUCAAAGGCUUUGAGAAUGACGUGGGCACCAAGACCUCCUUCUACGGUUUCACUGUAAACACGAUGAAGAACUCCCUCAUCUCCUACUCAAACCUGGGCUUCACCUCUGUGCCGCAGGGACAGGACCUGCGCUAUAUCUUCAUCCCCUCAGACAUCCGCGACUACAUGAUGCUGCGAUCGGCCAUUCUAGGGGUGCCUGUUCCUGAGGGCCCCGACAAAGGGGACAGCCCCGCUCCUACCGGUCCACACACCGCCACGGUCCCGGCGCCUUUCCCCUCUCCUCACUCCCCAACGGGCCGUACGACGGCACCGGCCGCUCUGUCCACUUCUAUCGUGGGUCCUAGGCCUCAGACCUAUUUUGGACCAGAAGCCUCCGCCAGCAAAUUCAAGCUACUCCAUCCAGACUUCAUCAGCUACCUGACAGAGAGGUUUCUGAAAUCCAAGUGGAUUAACACAAAAUUCAGAGACCUAUACAUGCCUAGUACUGGAGCCCUCAUGUUGCUGACAGCACUGCAUACCUGUGACCAGGUUAGUGCCUACGGAUUCAUCACAAGCAACUACCAGAAAUUUUCUGACCACUAUUUCGAACGAAUAAAGAAGCCACUGAUAUUCUACGUGAACCAUGAUCUGUCCCUGGAAGCCACCCUGUGGAAGGACCUGCACAAGGCUGGCAUCCUUUGGCUGUACCAGCGCUGACCCUGAAGCACCCAAGACCUUUGUGUUUUUGCAGAGCUGAGGCCCUUGCCCCUCAAGUGGCCAAAGCUGCCUUCUGGUCUUUUCAGCCUGAGAGGGGCUCCAACUGUCCUUGACCCUCCACCCCCUUCUUCCCUACAGAGGACACCGAGUGGAUGUGUGACUGUCAAUGAAGCCUAUUCUUCGUGGGACACCCCACCCUGUCCUCAGCUCAUCCAGGACGACUCUCCUCUGGUCUGAGGCAGACAUCCCAACCCCGGCCAAGAAAAACCGGACUGCUCUCUGCUGGAUUUGUCUUUAAAACUAAGAUAACACUCUCAAGGUGAGACUGACCCUCACCAGCGUGAGGCAGGCAUCCUUCACAACUGAGCAUUCCCAAGACAGUAGUGGCACGGAGUGACUAGGAGGUCAGUGGAGCGGCUCAGGGUUUCUCAGUUAACAAAGAUCAAGCAGCAAUAGAAGCAAACGCACGCUUCUCAGCCCAAACCCUCCCACUAGCAUGUCCAGCUUUACACAAACUCCAAAGCAGUUCAACUCAAGGACAUGUUGGAACAGCCUUUCUGAGAACAGGACCGACUCACUUCUGCUCCCUGAUAAGGUGGGAGCACAAAAGGCAGAAUGUGAUGUGAAACGAGAUAAUUGCAUAAAUGGUGGAUAGAUAACCAUUGUGUCUGUGUGUAUUGGGGUAAGUAGUAUAUCAUGCAGGGUGUUUAGCACAAACAUUUCAGAAUUCAAGAACCACGGGAAGGUUCUGGCAUUUGAUGGGAGUCAACCACGCAGAAGGCUGCUAGCCUCUGAUUAAAGUCCCAUUGGAGAUGUAUUACCACCUUGUCACCAAAAGGACAUUACUGGGUAACGAACCCUCGUUAUCGGACACUAAACAUCAUGGCUUCAAUAAUUUGACUUGAUACAGGCAGUUUUAUUUUAGAUUACAUGGGCUUCUAUUAGAAGUGUACACCAACUGAGUUAUCACCAUACUACCCCUUAAGCAAACCCUGGGAUUUACUGUCCUGAUGUCUAGUCUGAUGUUGCUACACCCUACCCCACAAGGCAGUGGAGGGGGCGGGGGGAUGUCUCCACAGGUCCGGUAGGCAAGAGCCUCCCUGCCCAAAACCUGGCCCUUGGGUCUGUGGUUUUGAAGGGACGAUCCUAUCAGCACACCUAACAAGAAGGAUCAAAAUGCUACUUUAGAAACUGAGACAUGUGAUUAAGUGAAUGGACACUUAGGCUUUAAUGACUAACGCAGCUACUUGAGAAACCACAGCUUCCCGACACCUGGACCCAUUUUUAUCCAUACUUUAUUUUUCCCUAUUCCCAUCACAUCUGUUGUUACCAAAACCUGUCAACCGGUUAGAGGGGCAUAAGAUCAAUUUAGUGGGAAACUUAAAAACACCAAAACAUCUGAUUGCAUCCUGUUACCCACAACUGUUCUUCUCUGAAACUUUCACUUAUAAAAGAAUAUGCUGAGUCACAGAAUAAAACAUUGCUUUUAGGGCGUCCCUGGUGGCGCAGUGGUUGAGAGUCCGCCCUCCUAUGCAGGGCACACGGGUUCGUGCGCCGGUCCGGGAAGAUCCCACAUGCCGCGGAGCGGCUAGGCUCGUGAGCCAUGGCUGCUGAGCCUGCGCGUCCGGAGCCUGUGCUCCGCAAUGGGAGAGGC